AUGGCUGGCUACAAUGCAGCGGUGGGAGGCGAAGUACCGGCUCAAGCUGCGCCUGCUCCUGGUCCUCCGGGUCCGCCGGAGAAUCAGUCAACGCUUAGGGUUAUCUGCCUCAUCGUCUCAGCGUUUGCCGCCAUGUUUCUGGUCGCCCUAGACCGAACCAUUAUCUCGACGGCCAUUCCUAAAAUCACCGAUGAGUUCAACUCCUUCGAUGACGUUGGCUGGUACGGAAGCGCCUACCUGUUGACGUGCUGCGCCUUUCAGCUGUUGUUCGGGAAACUGUACAACCUGUUCUCUUUAAGAAUUGUUUUUAUUGCCAGCAUCCUGCUGUUUGAGGUCGCCUCUGCGAUCUGUGGUGCCGCUCCGAGUUCAGUGGCGUUCAUAAUCGGGAGAGCCAUUUGUGGAGUUGGUGCUGCCGGGAUUCUGGCUGGAACAAUCAUGUGCAUAAUUCAUUCUGUACCUCUACACAAGCGCCCACAGAUUCAAGGUCUGUUCGGAGCUCUCUUCGGCAUUGCCUCCAUCGUGGGUCCCGUGAUCGGCGGCGCCUUUACGUCUGAUGUGACAUGGAGAUGGUGUUUCUACAUCAAUUUGCCGAUCGGAGGGGCCGCUAUGGUGUUCAUUGCCUUCUGCCUCAAGGUCCUCAAGCAGGAUACAAUCAGAGUCCCCAGGGUCGACAAACUGAUCCAACUGGACUUCCUCGGGACGACCCUUCUGGUGUCGGGUGUAGUCUGCCUCAUACUGGCCCUGCAGUGGGGUGGACAGACGUACGCGUGGAGCAAUGGCCGCGUCGUGGCUUGCCUGGUUCCCAUGGGAGUCCUGCUGCCUGCCUUUGUCGCCGUACAGAUCUUCCUUCCCAAGACCGCAACGCUGCCGGUGCGCAUUCUUGCGCAGCGCAGUAUCCUCUCCGGCUUCUGGCAGACCCUCUGCGUGGGGUCCGGGAAUUAUAUUUUCGUAUAUUUCCUCCCCAUCUGGUUCCAGUCCAUCAAGGGCGAUUCCGCCGUAGAAUCCGGCAUCCGUCUCCUCCCGAUGAUGCUAUCCAUGGUCGUCGGCUCCAUCGGGGGAGGAAUCAUCAACUCCAAGGUCGGAUACUACACCCCCCUGGCCAUCAUCGGCUCGUGCAUCAUGUCCGUGGGAGCCGGCCUUCUCACCACCUUUCAGGUGGACACCGGCGAAGACAAGUGGAUUGGGUAUCAGAUCGUCUACGGGUUCGGUCUGGGGCUGUGCUUUCAGGUUCCCAACCUCGCGGCGCAGACGGUUCUACCAAAGCCCGAUGUGCCGUUCGGCCUCGCGCUGAUGCUGUUCGGCCAGCUGAUCGGGGCGGCGGUUUUUGUCUCUGUCGGGGAGAAUAUCCUGGCCCAUCAACUGGUCACCAGGCUUUCCGGGCUGCCAGGGUUCAAUCACGGUCUUGUCACCUCGGGGGGUGUCACGGAGCUGCUGAACGCCAUGCCGGCGAAUCUGCGUGACACGGUCCUUGACUCGUAUAAUGAAGCGUUGCGGAGGGUGUUCCAGGCGGGAUUGACCGUUUCGUGCUUGACUGUGCUAGGCGCGGCGACGCUGGAAUGGAAGAGUAUCAAGAAGGGUCAGCCUAAGUCUGAUGCUGAGGGUAAGGGGGAGGUUGCUGCGGAGAAGGCAAGACCAGUGGGGAGGGAGUAG